UGGAUGAGUGCAGCUUCGAGGAACAGUGUCGCCGCGAGCUGGGAAACGUGUGCGUGAACACUCCUGGCAGUUUUGUGUGUCAGUGCCAGCUGGGCUUCAGAGCAGAAGCUCCUGCGUGCGUCGAUGUGGAUGAGUGCGUGGAGAGUCCCGUAGUGUGUGACGGUCAGGGUGUGUGUCAGAACACGCUGGGGAGCUACAAGUGUGUUUGUCGACCAGGUUACCGGGGAAACGGCACACACUGUGAAGAUGAGAACGAGUGUGUGUUAGGUGGUCACAGGUGCGACAGCAAUGCUCGAUGCGGCAACAUCAUCGGGUCGUACUUCUGCCAGUGUUACCAGGGCUUCAGUGGAGAUGGACACUCUUGCUUUGAUGUUGAUGAGUGCGCUGUGAACAACGGCCACUGUGAACACAACUGCACCAAUGAACCAGGAGGAUACAGCUGCCGGUGUUUCUCAGGUUACCAGCUGGACCAGGAUGGACACAACUGUACAGAUGUGGACGAGUGUUCGGCGCUAAAUGGGACCUGUGAGCACAUUUGCAUCAACACUCGGGGCUCUUUCCAGUGCUCCUGCAGACCCGGAUACCAGCUGCACAUCGACGGUCACACCUGUGUGGACAUAGAUGAAUGUAAACUCCAGAACGGCGGCUGCUCUCACACCUGCACCAACAAUCCUGGAGGACACACUUGCCACUGCUCACCUCCUCUGUUGCUGGACGCAGACAACCUCACCUGCCGCAAUGUUACAUCGUGUAAGCUGAGAAAUGGCGGCUGUGAACAUGGUUGCACUGUGAGGGCUGAAGGCCGCGUCCAGUGUCACUGUCGAACAGGCUGGAAACUGGGUGAAGACAUGAGGAGCUGCGUAGAUGUGAAUGAAUGUGGAGACUUUACAAACGGAGGCUGUGAGCAGCUCUGCAUGAACCAUGCUGGUGGGUUUAACUGCACCUGCAGGGAGGGAUACAAAGUUCAAACAGACGAUCCCACCAAGUGCCAGCCUGUUUGUGACCCUCCUUGUCAGAACUAUGGAGUUUGUGUUGCCCCAAACAGCUGUGACUGUCCUCCAGGUUAUCCAGGUGUGGGCUGCUCAGCCAUUUGCUUGCCGCCUUGUGCCCAUGGAGGAACCUGUAUGCGCUGGAACAAGUGUUUGUGUCCUGCUGGUUGGACUGGAGCAGGCUGCCAUACAGCUGUGUGUGAGUUGCCUUGUGCUAACGGUGGUCGCUGUGUUGGUCCUGGUACCUGCCAGUGUCCCUCCGACUACACCGGCCCUCAGUGCCUCUCGCCCUUGUGCACUCCCGCCUGUCAAAACGGGGGAAGAUGUGUGGAUGUGAACAAAUGCACAUGCACUGCUGGCUGGCAAGGAGCUCGAUGCCAGAUAGAGCCUAUUGUGUGUCAGAAACCUUGUAAGAAUGGUGGCGUUUGUGUCGGCCUCAACAGAUGCCGCUGCACCAAAGGAUUCACCGGAAGUCUCUGCGACACGGCGGUGACCACCCCCUGUGUACCACCCUGCCAGCAUGGAGCCACCUGCAGCCCUCACAACACCUGUACCUGUCCAGAAGGCACUGCAGGCCUCCGCUGUGAGAGACUAACGUGUCCUGUGGUCACCACAGUGGUUAGCAUGGCUCGAGCAGUAAGGAAGGCGUUCAGGGAGAGUUAUGUUGACCGGUGUGGACCUUUGGGAGUUCAACUUUGCACUAAAUACAGAAUAAACCAAGCUCGAGUGUACCUGCAGGCCUACAGGGUGGGAUACAAAAUCCAGUGUCUGCAAAAGAAGGACAGAUAAACAGUGCUGGAUACACUAAAGCUGCUUGUCAUGAGGAACGGACAAAAACUUGGCCAACAUGUGAAGGCAGAGAACAAGGACUGAAAAAGGCCUUCUGUAAACUGUAGAAAUAGUUGUAAUUGAAAGAGUGUGAGGGUGUUGUGUUGUGCUGACAUGACAAUGAGACUUCAUUGUAUUAGUGAGGCAGUUUUUUUGCUCUGUGACUUAUAAUGGCAGGCAUUUUUACAUCCAUUUUGUACACAAUCAUAUAAUGUAUACAUUUUAUUAUAAAUGUUCCUUCAUAAAUAAGAUGUACAAUGGAUUCAUUAAUUGUAAUGUUUGUAUAUGGCAGCUGAAAGUUAUAAAUUGUGUCAUUCAA